AUGGAGACGAAAGAAGCACCUCCGGCUGAGGAUCCAUCAACAAGUGAAACAACGCCACCACCGAAGAAGACACUACCUAAGGAAUGUAUACUACGAUUACAAAGAUUUGAUGAAGCCCUAACAGCGUUAGAGUUGGCGUUGGAUCCAAUAAUUAGAGUUGGCUUCGAUGAGCAUUUGAAGCGAAAGCCUUUGGAAUUAGUGCAAGUAGAUGUAAUGACAAUGUUCGUUUUGAAUUCGAUUGGGUGGUGUUUAGCAGCACAACGAGGAAAAGACCCGAAAGAGAUCGUGCAAUUAGCUGACGAAUUAAGACGGACAAAGCAAUAUGUUGAUCGGCUGAAGUCCAUUGAGAUGAGAAAGAGCGCUCCCGGCUUAAAUAAACGGGUUGCGAAGGCUUUUGUUAGGAAUGCUUUAUGGGAGGUUCCUGGUAAACGUGCAAGAUUGGAUGAUGAUUCUGCACAGAAUGUAGAUGUGUCGGAUGAAGAAAAGGACUCUGAUUCCGAGGAAAUUUCUGACUUGGAACCCGCAGCCGCAGAUGCUGAUGAAGGUCCUUCCUAUGUUGUAAAAAAUGUCAAAUUCGAGGGCGAACAGGAGCCACAUCAACUUGCCCAAGUCCGAACUGGUAAAAAUACAUGA